UUCUGCCAGAUUAGUUGUUCGCUAUUCAGUAUUGAGCGAUCUCUCACACGCAUUGGAUGUGUUGAAGCAGCCUUUAAGUUAACGGGAAAAUACGGAUUGUGCUUUUUCACUGCUAGAAAUACUUGAUAUAAUUUUAUUGACUUUGUUCUGCAAAACUUAAAGAUGAGGUAUCAUUUUAUUGUUUUAUCAAUAAUAUUCUAUGUCUUAAUGAGAGCUGACGGUCGAAAUUUGGAUAAACAUGAAACGAAUAGCAAAUUAGACGACAAUAGUGCAACACAUGUCCACAAUAAAAUUGAACGCCAGUCGAGAUAUCGGCGACAAUCCUUUAACGGAAAUUAUCCAGACAACAUGAGAUUAUACAGAAAUAUUGGAUUAGAUGACUAUCUAACAGACAUGACCUUUUCUAUUAGAGAUAUAGCGGCUAGUCUGAAUCAUUUAACAAGAAAUAAUCAAUAUAAUCCUUUUAAUUAUGACAGAAGAGAAUAUAGUUGUAAUUGCGAUGAAUCGAUACGUAAAUUAUUAUCCAUAGUUGAAGAGCUUGCAUCACGCGCAAAAAAUCCGCCCUCACCGCCACCACCACCGUCCAUCCAGGUUGUAUACAUUCCAUAUCAAGUUCCUGAUAAUAUCAAAGGCGUACUAGAAAAAAAUAUGAGCGUUGGGUUUAGAAUAGACGUAGACGAUAAAAAUAGAAUUUGGCCGAAUAAUCCAAGGGAGGCAUCAGCUGAAGACGAAGAAAACGAUGGUUCAAGACCGAUCUCGUUUAAAACGGUUUCUCCAAAAAGGCCUACAAGCAAACCUCCUCCAUUCGACCACGGAAGCAAACAAGAAGGGAUUCAAACAACGACUCCAGUGUCAAUUAAAAAGCAUACCUUAUGUGAGGGAGCCAUAUUAACUUGUUGCGGAUUGAAAAAUGAGGAACGCAGCGAAUGUUUCACCAGCUAUAAAUGCUUAAAGAACUACGACCUCGAACAAGCGUGUCACCCCCAAGUUGUAGCAGCGGUUCUUGAUAAAUUUCAAAAACUUUAUGGCCCCAACAGUGACUAUUAAGAUAAGAUAAGCUAGUUCUUAAGGAAUCUAUAAAUCAGUAUUUCUUUGGCAUUUAGAAAGUCCUAUGUUUAACAUUGUUAGUGUAUACGUUUCUAGUUUUAGAACCUGACAGUUAUGUAAUACUAUUUCCUUAACUAAAGCAGCUUUAAUAUGUUUAAUAAAUAAUAAUUUUAAUUUAAAUAAAUUAUUGACACUAUUGAGAUUUCGAUGUAUGAAAACUAUAUUAGUUUCACUGUAACUUAAAUUAAACAUUGUAUGUUUCUUUCUUUUUAAUAUAAAAAAAAACCUAGAUAUCUACCUACCUACCUUAGUUGAUAGUACGGUAUACUAAAAUUGUAUUAUGUUAUCGAAUAAGUCUUUAGGAACUUCAGUAUUAAAUCACUGAACAUUAUUAGAAUAUUUAUUUAAGGAAUUAUAAUAUUUUAGUUCUUUGUUGGUAAUCCUCUUUUGUUAUGUUGUUUUGAAAAACAAAUAAAAAUGUAUUAA